UUCAUUAUUUAAAUCGAAUUCUACGGCGCAGAGUCAUAAAAGUUAAUUCAACCGUUUGGAUUACUACGAUACAGAACUCAGCUGAGUUUUAUUGUUUGUUCAAGUGAUUUAGUUGAAAACAUGUUAUCGAAGAUAUGGAUUGUAUGCGCUUUGCUGUCGAUAGCUUUUGCAAGUUAUUACGAAGAACACAAUGAGCUCCACGAGCCGAAACCAUAUCACUUUGGAUAUGAAGCCAAAGGAAAACAUGGUUCUCACUACCAUAAAGAGGCAGGAGAUGGCCACGGUACCGUUCAUGGAAGUUAUGGCUACACUGAUGAGAAGGGAGUCUACCGAGAAGUGAUAUAUGUAGCUGACCAUAAAGGUUUCAGAGCUGAGGUGAAAACCAACGAACCAGGAACGACAAAUCAGAAUCCUGCACAUGUUCGACUUGACUCUUCGUCUCAUCAUGACUCAGACCAAGAAUGGCAGGGAUAUCACCAAGAACAAAGUCGUAUCGAUUAUGCUCAUCAAAACCAGCAACAGCCCACAAAUUAUGCUCAUUAUUUUCAAAGGAGGGAAGGUGAGCAUGGUGGACAUGAGUGAUCGAAUUUCGCCUAAUAAUCAUCGUCUUGUCAUGUAAAUGAUUUGUAAAUUUCGCUGUGAUAUACUAUUUAUAAGCAAAUAAAAUAUUCAAAUUUGAAAGUGUA